GCCGGGGCCCUGCACUGUGGGGAGCCCCCCUACAAAAGUGCUGAGGCAUGGCUUGCCCCAACCACACUGACAAGCCUUGUCUUAAGAAAAAUGCACAACCUGAAGCGCAGCAUGCAGUCACCAGUUGUAUCAAGAGCUGUUCAGUGGUACUUAUGGCCGAGCCUGAAACCAUGCAGCAAGAGGUGUGUUGCAUGCUUUUUGUAUUAUAUUUCAGGAGACUGAGUCUGUGAUCAGUGGCAUGACCAGCCACUGGAAGAACUGUGAUGCUGUGGCUGCCCCUGAUCACAUACCUUCAUCAUCACAUGAUGCUCCAGGGCUCAGCAAUCUGCAUAUAUGUGGACGGUAUGAGCCGGUGACCAGGAGCUCCAGGUCAGUGCCGUCCGACGGAGAAGAUGGCGCUGAGGAUUGGGGGCGUACUGUGCUGAUGACGUCAGAACAGCCGGACUCCCGAGUCAGCAGUCCUUCAGGUGCAGGCGCCGUCUCAGACGGUGACGUCCCGCCUGAUCCGUUGGCGUUGUCGGCUGCAGAUGAAGAGCUGCUGAAACACGACACUGGCUUGUCACCUGGCACAACGGGUUCUUCAUUGCUUUGCUGUGGAUACUGCGGCUUCCAUCCUUCAAAUCAAGACAGUCUCAUGGAGCACCUGAGAUGUCAGCAUCAAGAGGAGUCGUCUGGCUGGGCCUUCCACAGUCAGAGCCAGUGUGACAGCGAGGGCUGUAUGCGCCAAUGCUGCGGAGGGGCGCCCAGCGAAAUGAAGUGUUUAACACGCUCCGUUCUACCUCACCAUGAUGCGAAGCUGUGCAGAUGUGACGCGUGCGGGAAAUCGUUCGCCCAGCGGGACGUCUUAGCCUCGCAUGUUCAAACCCACGCCGCCGAGAAAUCGUUCACGUGCGAGGUCUGUAGAGAGUCGUUCAGCGAAGGGGACCAGCUCACGUACCACCUUAAAGGCCACACGGAGAACAAGAUGAAAACUUGCGAGGUAUGUGGAAAAUCAUUCAAGUUCCAAAGCAGCCUUAUGCGUCAUCUCCUGAGUCACACAGGUGAAAAGCCGUUCACCUGUGAAUUCUGCGGAAAAUCAUUCGGUCAUAAGAGCAACUUUAAGUUGCAUCUUCGGACCCACACCGGCGAGAAGCCGUUCAGUUGUGAAGUCUGUGGAAAGUCGUUCUAUCAAAGGUUCGACCUUAAUAAUCACCUCCGGACUCACACAGGUGAGAGGCCGUUCGUUUGUGGAGUCUGUGGGAAGUCGUUCAGUCUCAGGAAGAUCCUAACGUUCCACCGUCAGACCCACACAGGGGGGAGGCCGUUCAGUUGCGAGGUCUGUGGCCAGUUGUUCGCGCAACGUAGCCACCUCACGAAUCAUCUUCGGGCCCACACCGGUGAGAAGCCGUUCAGUUGUGAGCUCUGUGGGAAGUCGUUCGCGCAACGUGUCAACCUUACGAAACACCUUCGGACCCACACCGAUGAGAAACCAUUCAGUUGUGAGCUCUGUGGGAAGUCGUUCAGGCGACGUAGCCGCUGUAGGGAUCACCUUCGGACCCACACCGUUGAAAAAUCGUUCAGCUCGGAGUUCUGUGUGGACUUGCUCAGGUAACUUCACACCUUUGCGAAGCGCCUUCGAACUCGCAGAGGCAAAAUGCUGACCUGGUGUAACGUCUGCGGGAAGUCGUUCCUUGUGAAGUCUCGCCUUACGUAUCACUUUCGGAUUCACGCAUGUGAGAAGGCGCCCGGUCGUGGAGUCUGUGAAAGGACAUUGGGUCGCAGUGGCUCUUAAACUGCAUCUUCUGACCCACGCCGGUGAGACACCGUUCGGUUGUGAACUCUGUGGAAAGUCGUCCAGACGACCGGCUACCCUGCGGGUCACCUUUUGGCCAACACCGAUGAGAAACCGUUCAUUCGUGAGCUUUGUGGGGACUUGUUCAGGGGACUUUUUACCCUUACGAAGCACCUUCGAACCCACAAAGGUAAAAAAACCGCUGAGUUCGGAGUCUCGUCGCCGGUUGUUCAGCGACAGGAGCAGCCAUACUGACACCUGUGGGGAGUCAUUCAUUCAGACGAGCCAUUAUGCUCAGCACCUUCAGGCUCCGAGAGGUGAAAAGCCGUUCAGUUGUGAAGUCCGGGAAGUUGUUCCGUGUGAAGUCCCACCUCAUUUAUCACCCCCGGAUACGCACAAGUGAGGAUCCGUUGAGGUGUGAGCUCUGGGAAGUCGUUCGGGCACAGAAGCAACCCUACUAUGCAAUUGCAGAUCCAGGACAAUAGAAAAGCUGUGUAUUUGAAAAGUCUGUGGAUUGUUGUAUUGUUACCGCAGCACUCGUACCUAUCGCGUUCGAACCCGCACCUGUGAGAAACCUUUCAGCUGCGGUGUGUGCGGACAGCGUUUUGUUGAGAGUAGUGUGUAUGUUAACGUUUGCGACCACUACUUUCAAAACUUGUGCUGUGUAAAUCGUCGUAAUGCAUACCUGGGCACGAACCAGGUUAAUUGUGGAACGUGCGGCAAGUCUUUCAACCUCAGACGUGUACAUGGACGUUGUAUUUGACCCCGCCCCAGGCGGUGACAUUGGAUUGUACCGCAAGGCAUUUUGUGAACCGUGCUCUUCGCCUUUUGUAUUGAAUGUUGGCUGCCAGCCGGAAAUAAACCUGUGCAGGGUUCCGCUCGACCAACACCGGUUUCCACUCCGUCCCACAGCGUAGUAGUAUUUCCGACAUGGACUCCAG